AUGAAAGUGGACGAAAAGUAUUGUGCCAAUCAAACGUCUCUUAAUUCAAUCACAGUCGUCACAGAAAAAUUGCAAAUUUGGCGACCUGCAAAUGACAAACCUUCAAGUUUCGCCUCAGCCUUUGAAAGAGUGUUAGAGUUGCUUUUUCCUUUUAACCAUGAAGCAUACGGAGAACUCCAAGCAGAUUGUAACUUAAGGCUUGCACGGGGAAAGGCUUUGCAUGAAACUAUCAAAGAUGUAUUAUUGGAAGAUGCUCUUCGAGGUCAUCUUGGCAAUCUUGAAAUUAACUUUGAGAGCAUGAACAUAACUAACUCUACAGGAAACAUUACUGACAAUCAGUCGAUACGGAACAACGGAUGGGUAUCAGCUGAUUCACAAAUAUUCGCAUUUGCAAUAGUAUUUUAUUUUGCUUUCGUGUAUUAUUCCCCAACGUUUCUUUGUCUUUUCACCCCUAUUGUGGUCACAGAAAAUGGCAUUCGUCACAUUUCUCUGGAAAAAACAAGUCCAGUAGGCCUCAGAAAUCUUAUAGGGAGAUGUUUCUAUUCCGAAGUUGAUAAUCUCUGGCACAGGACGAAAACGUUUAUUGCGCGAACUGUGUUGAUGCCGCUUCCGUUCCUUAUAUUUGCAAUUGGUUUUGAUUACCUAUUCUUCCAAUAUCUCCACUUGCUACCAAAUAAUUUUCUAAACAUCUUAGAUUUGCUUGGCCCGAUUCAGUUAGUGUGCUGUUUUUGUUAUUUUCUUCAGGCAUUUUACGAUUCUUUUCUAAAUGUGUCCCAAACAUAGACGUUCUGUUUCGUUUGCGCCAUCAUUAAAUCUAACCGAAGAUGUAAUGAUAAUCUUCCUCAGAGAAUUCUUAAUCAUUUGCGCUUACAACCAUUAAUUUUUGUAAAAUGUCGUAGGCUCUUUUGUAAAUGGCUUGUUAGUUAUUUCAGAAUUUCUCGAAUAAUCUUACCCUUUUUGAAAGUGUCUACUGGAUGGUUAACAUGGUGUUUUCGAGUUCCGAUGUUUAUUGUUUUCUUGUCAACGAUCCCAGUCGCCACUGUUAUACUACUAUUAGCAAUGUCAGUAGUAGUUUCAAUUAGUAUAUUUAUUACAUCUCCCAUAAUGACGUUACUUUUCACCACCAGCUUUUAUCCACUAAAAGGAAUCUUCAAUUCUGUUUUGGUUGUACUGCUUUUGCAAAUCUUCGUUAGACUUUUAGCUGUCCUUGGAGCAUGCGUUGUUCUGGUAGAUGCAGCGUUGGGUUUAACAACAGGUGUGUUUGUACUUCUUAUCAUUUUGUUUUCUGAGAAGAGCCUCCCGUAUAUGGCCUGCUUUGUUCUUGUUUGUUAUUACUUGUGGAGUAGCUAUAGUUCUUUCACUAAAAAAUACCACGAUCUAUCUCUAAUGCUCUGUAAGUUUUACAAACAAUCACAGCAUCAUGACGAAAUAUCCAAAGAGCAAUUGCGACUUGAUGAUGAGGAAAUAGAAACGUCCAAUUCUGAUACAAGGGUCCAUGAGGUCACAAUUCCAGAAGGCCUCUUUGACAUGGCAUGUGAAGACCUAAUGCCUGUUAGAGAAGGUGUGUGCACACUGCUUCUGAAAGUCACUUUAAUUCUAAGUUUUGUCUACCUUACUUUUCUCUUGAUAUUACGUUUUGAUACUGGCGCGACACCUGUGAUGCAAGCUUUAGCAACCUAG